UAAUUCAUAAGUGUAAAGUGGUAAGUGGCAACAUUAGUUUUUGUUGAGUGACGCGGCUCGAACGUCGAACGAACGAUUUUUCCAUGAAAAUUUCAUUAAAGUGAUAGAAAAACGUUGAUAAUAACUGCUUUUUGAGCACUUUAUUAUAAAAUAAGUUAACGCAUCCAACAUGGAGCAGAUCCCACCCCCUAAGGAGGUGAAGAUCCUCGAAACAGCUGAGGAUAUUCAAGAGCGACGUGAACAGGUGUUAAACCGAUAUGAAGACUUCAAGCAAGAGGCUCGCGCCAAACGCGAGAAGCUGGAAGAUUCUAGACGCUUCCAGUACUUCAAACGUGACGCUGACGAGCUCGAGUCCUGGAUCCAGGAGAAGCUCCAGGCUGCCAGCGAUGAGAGCUACAAAGACCCAACCAACUUGCAGGCCAAGAUCCAAAAGCACCAAGCGUUCGAAGCGGAAGUCGCGGCGCACUCCAACGCGAUAGUGGUGCUGGACAACACCGGCAGCGAGAUGAUAUCGGCCGGCCACUUUGCGUCCGAGACGAUCCGCAAGCGGCUGGACGAGCUGCACCGUCUGUGGGAGCUGCUGCUGUCCCGCCUCGCCGAGAAGGGCAUGAAGCUGCAGCAGGCGCUCGUACUGGUGCAGUUCUUGAGGCACUGCGAUGAGGUCAUGUUCUGGAUACAUGAUAAGGAAACGUUCGUGUGCGCUGACGAGUUCGGCUCGGACCUGGAGCACGUGGAGGUGCUGCAGCGCAAGUUCGACGAGUUCCAGAAGGACAUGGCGGCACAGGAGUACCGCGUCACCGAAGUGAACCAGCUGGCCGAGAGGCUCGUGCUCGAGGGACACCCGGAGAGGGAGACCAUUGUGAAGAGGAAGGAUGAGCUGAACGAGGCGUGGCAGCGUCUCCGCCAGAUGGCGCUGAUGCGCCAAGAGCGGCUGUUCGGCGCGCACGAGAUACAGCGCUUCAACCGGGAUGCUGAUGAGACGAUCGCAUGGAUCUCGGAGAAGGAUGUGGUGCUGGGGUCCGAUGAUUAUGGCAGGGAUCUCGCCACCGUGCAGACAUUGCAGCGCAAGCACGAGGGCGUCGAGCGCGACUUGGCCGCUUUGGAAGACAAAGUGGCCACGCUGGACGGGGAGGCAGCAAGACUGGCAGCUAUUCACGGGGACCAUGCUACUGCUAUCCACAGCAAACGCGACGAAAUCACUAACGCUUGGCAGAGACUGGUCGAGAAAGCUAAGGAACGUCGCCUAGCCCUGGAGUCUUCAUACGCGCUGCACCGCUUCCUGGCGGACUACCGCGACCUGGUCUCGUGGAUGAGCGACAUCCGCGCGCUGAUCGCAGCCGACGACCUCGCCAAGGACGUGCCCGGCGCGGAGGCGCUGCUCGAGAGGCACCAGGAGCACAAGGGCGAGAUGGACGCGCGCGAGGACGUGAUGGCGGCGUGCGCGUCGAGCGGCGAGGCGCUGGUGGCGGGCGGGCACCGCGGCGCCGGCGACGUGCAGGCCGCGCUGGACGCGCUGCGCGCCGACGCGGCCGCGCUGCACGCGCUGUGGGAGCAGCGCCGCAUCCUCUACCUGCAGUGCAUGGACCUGCAGCUCUUCUACCGCGACACCGAGCAGGCGGACGCCUGGAUGCACAAGCAGGAGGCUUUCCUUGCUAACGAAGACGUUGGAGAUUCCCUAGACUCCGUGGAGGCUCUGCUCAAGAAGCAUGAAGACUUUGAGAAGUCACUCGCAGCACAAGAAGAAAAGAUCAAGGCCUUAGAUGAGUUUGCCACCAAGCUUAUUGAGGGACAACAUUAUGCAGCUGACGAUGUGGCCCAGCGGAGAGAGAUGCUGCUGGAACGUCGCGCCGCUCUGCUGGAGAAGUCGAACCAACGCCGUGCGCUCUUGGAGGACGCCUACAAGUACCAGCAGUUUGAGAGGGACUGCGAUGAGACCAAAGGCUGGAUCAACGAGAAGCUGAAGUUCGCGACGGACGACUCGUACCUGGACCCCACGAACCUGAACGGCAAGGUGCAGAAGCACCAGAACUUCGAGCAGGAGCUGCUGGCGAAUAAGCCGCGUGUUGAUGAGAUCACCGCUACGGGAUAUAAGCUGUUGGAGCAGGAGCACUUCGCGAAACCACAAAUCUCAUCCCGCGUGGAGGAGCUCGGCGCGUCCUGGGAGAAGCUGGUGCAGGCGUCCGAGCUGAAGGGCUCCAAGCUGCAGGAGGCGGCCGCGCAGCAGCAGUACAACCGCGCCGCUGAGGACAUCGAGCUGUGGCUCUCCGAGGUGGAGGGUCAGCUGCUGAGCGAGGAUUAUGGCAAGGACCUGACGAGCGUGCAGAACCUGCAGAAGAAGCACGCGCUGCUGGAGGCGGACGUGAGCUCGCACGCCGAGCGCGUGGAGGCGCUGCGCAGCCAGGCCGAGACCUUCAUCGAGAAGGGCCACUUCGACGCCAAGAACAUUCGCAAUAAGAUCGAAGCGCUGGUAGCCCGCUACGCAGCCCUCGAGAAGCCGAUGGCGGUGCGCAAGCGCCGUCUCCUGGACUCGCUGCAAGCGCAACAGCUGUUCCGCGAUUUGGACGAUGAGGCGGCCUGGAUCAGGGAGAAGGAACCCAUCAUCGCUUCUACUAACAGAGGUCGCGACCUAAUCGGCGUGCAGAACCUGAUGAAGAAGCACCAAGCGGUGAUGGGCGAGAUGGGCCAGCACGAGGCCCGCGUGGAGGCCGUGCGGGCGGCUGGCCAGGCGCUUAUCGACGCGCAGCACUUUGCGGCCGAGGACAUCGCCGCGCGGCUGCAGCAGCUGCAGAGGACCUGGUCGCAGCUGCACGAGAAGGCGCUGCAGCGCAAACAAGACCUCGAGGACUCGCUGCAAGCGCAGCAGUACUUCGCGGACGCGAACGAAGCGGAGUCCUGGAUACGGGAGAAGGAGCCGAUGGCGAACACGCAGGACUACGGCAAGGACGAGGACUCCUCGGAGGCGCUGCUCAAGAAGCACGAGGCGCUGCUGUCCGACCUCGAGGCCUUCGGGAACACCAUCAAGGCGCUGAGGGAACAGGCCGAUUCGUGCCGGCAACAAGAGUCGCCCGUGGUGGACGUGUCGGGCAAGGAGUGCGUGGUGGCGCUGUACGACUACGCGGAGAAGUCGCCGCGCGAGGUGUCCAUGAAGCGCGGCGACGUGCUCACCCUGCUCAACUCCAACAACAAGGACUGGUGGAAGGUGGAAGUGAACGAUCGCCAAGGUUUCGUGCCUGCUGCGUACGUGAAGAAGAUCGAAGCUGGCCUCUCCUCCAGCCAGCAGAACCUCGCGGACUCCAGCUCCAUCGCCGCUAGACAGAACCAGAUCGAGGCACAAUAUGACAACCUGCUGGGUCUCGCCCGGGAGCGGCAGAACAAGCUCAACGAGACGGUCAAGGCGUACGUGCUGGUGCGCGAGGCCGCCGAGUUGGCCACCUGGAUCAAGGACAAGGAGAUGCACGCGCAAGUGCAGGACGUCGGCGAGGACCUGGAGCAGGUGGAGGUGAUGCAGAAGAAGUUCGACGACUUCCAGAACGAUCUGCGCGCGAACGAGGUGCGCCUCGCCGAGAUGAACGAGAUCGCCGUGCAGCUCAUGACCGUCGGCCAGACGGAGGCUGCGCUCAAGAUCAAGACGCAGAUGCAGGAGCUGAACUCGAAGUGGUCGUCGCUGCAGCAGCUGACGGCGGAGCGCGCCGCGCAGCUGGGCUCGGCGCACGAGGUGCAGCGCUUCCACCGCGACGUGGACGAGACCAAGGACUGGAUCGCGGAGAAGGAGCAGGCGCUCGCCACCACCGAGCUGGGCCGCGACCUGCGCUCCGUGCAGACGCUGCAGCGCAAGCACGAGGGGCUGGAGCGCGACCUGGCGGCGCUGGGCGACAAGAUCCGGCAGCUGGACGACACGGCGAACCGGCUGAUGGCGACGCACGGCGACUCCGCCGACGCCACGUACAGCAAGCAGCGCGAGAUCAACGACGCCUGGCACCAGCUGCAGGCGCGGGCCAACGCGCGCAAGGAGAAGCUGCUCGACUCCUACGACCUGCAGAGGUUCCUCUCGGACUACCGCGACCUGAUGGCGUGGAUCAACUCGAUGAUGGCGCUGGUCAGCUCAGACGAGCUCGCCAACGACGUCACCGGCGCGGAGGCGCUCCUCGAGCGGCACCAGACUCAGCGGCUGGAGAUAGACGCGCGUUACGGCGUUAUGCCGCAGGAGCACCGCACGGAGAUGGACGCGCGCGCGGGCACGUUCCAGGCGCUGGAGCUGUUCGGCCAGCAGCUGCUGCAGGGCGGCCACUACGCCUCGCUCGACAUACAGGAGAAGCUCAGCGCCAUGGCCGAUGCGAGACAGGAGCUGGAGAAGGCGUGGGUGGCGCGGCGCAUGAAGCUGGACCAGAACCUGGAGCUGCAGCUGUUCUACCGCGACUGCGAGCAGGCGGAGGGCUGGAUGGCGGCGCGCGAGGCGUUCCUCGCGCCCGGCGCCGCCGACACGCCCGACGCGCCCGACAACGUCGAGCAGCUGAUCAAGAAGCACGAGGACUUCGAUAAGGCGAUCAAUGCGCACGAGGAGAAGAUAGCGCAGCUGCAAACGCUGGCGGAGCAGCUGGUCGCGUCGGAGCACUACGCGGCGGACGACAUCGCGCGCAAGCGGCAGCAGGUGCUCGACCGCUGGCGCCACCUCAAGGAGGCGCUCAUCGAGAAGCGCUCCAAGUUGGGUGACGAACAAACGCUGCAGCAAUUCUCCCGCGACGCUGACGAGAUGGAGAACUGGAUCGCCGAGAAGUUGCAGCUCGCCACUGAGGAGAGCUACAAGGACCCAGCCAACAUCCAAUCGAAGCACCAGAAGCACCAGGCGUUCGAGGCGGAGCUGGCCGCGAACGCGGAGCGCAUCCAGUCCGUGCUGGCGAUGGGCGGCAACCUCGUGCAGCGCGGACAGUGCAGCGGCAGCGAGGACGCCGUGCAGGCUCGGCUCGCAUCUAUCGCGGACCAAUGGGAGUUCCUGACGCAGAAGACGACGGAGAAAUCCCUAAAACUGAAGGAAGCCAACAAGCAGCGCACUUACAUCGCUGCCGUCAAGGAUCUGGACUUUUGGCUUGGAGAGGUUGAAAGUCUGUUGACAUCCGAGGACUCUGGCAAGGACUUGGCAUCCGUCCAGAACUUGAUGAAGAAGCACCAACUCGUGGAAGCUGACAUCCAAGCUCACGAAGAUAGAAUUAACGACAUGAACGCGCAAGCGGACGCGCUGGUGUCGUCCGGGCAGUUCGACAGCGCGGGCAUCGGGUCGCGGCGCGCGGCCAUCAACGAGCGGUUCGAGCGCGUGCGCAGCCUCGCCGCGCACCGCCGCGCGCGCCUGCACGAGGCCAACACGCUGCACCAGUUCUUCCGCGACAUCGCCGACGAGGAGUCCUGGAUCAAGGAAAAGAAAUUGCUGGUCGCGUCCGACGACUACGGUCGUGACUUGACCGGCGUGCAGAACUUGCUGAAGAAGCACAAGCGGCUUGAAGCCGAGUUGGCCAGCCACGAACCCGCUAUCCAGGCCGUUCAGGAGGCGGGCGAGAAGCUGAUGGAGGCGUCGUCGGGCGGCGGCGGCGCGGGCGAGAUCGAGGUGCGCCUGCGCGCGCUCGCCGCCGCCUGGGACGCGCUGCAGGCGCUCGCCGCCGACCGCGGCGCCAAGCUGCACCAGUCGCUCGCCUACCAGCAGUUCCUCGCCAAGCUCGACGAGGAGGAGGCCUGGAUCAGUGAAAAACAACAACUGGUCGUAGUCGGCGAAUGCGGCGACAGCAUGGCGGCCGUGCAGGGCCUGCUGAAGAAGCACGAAGCGCUCGAGGCCGAGCUCGCCGCCCGCGGCGAGCGGGUCCGCGACCUCACCACCGAGGGCGAGAAGCUCCUGGCGGCGGGCAACAUCCACGCGGACGCGCUGUCGCACAGGCUGCACGCGCUGCAAGCCAAGCUGGACAAGCUGACGUCGCUGGCGGCCCGCAGGAAGGCGGCGCUCGUCGACAACUCGGCGUACCUGCAGCUGCUGUGGAAGGCGGACGUGGUGGAGUCCUGGAUCGCCGACAAGGAGACGCACGUGCGCUCCGACGAGUUCGGCCGCGACCUGUCCACCGUGCAGACGCUGCUCACUAAGCAGGACACGUUCGACGCGGGGCUCGCGGCGUUCGAGCACGAGGGCAUCCAGAACAUCACCGCGCUGAAGGAGCAGCUGGUGGGCGCGGGGCACGAGCAGAGCGCCGGCAUCGCCAAGCGGCACGCCGACGUGAUCGCGCGCUGGCAGCGGCUGCUCGCCGACUCGGCCGCGCGCAAGCAGCGCCUGCUGCAGCUGCAGGACCAGUUCCGCCAGAUCGAGGAGCUCUACCUCACCUUCGCCAAGAAGGCGUCAGCGUUCAACUCGUGGUUCGAGAACGCGGAGGAGGACCUCACGGACCCGGUGCGCUGCAACUCAAUCGAAGAGAUUCGCGCGCUGAGGGAUGCGCACGCGCAAUUCCAGGCGUCGCUGUCAUCAGCGCAGAGCGACUUCGAAGCGCUGGCGGCGCUGGACGAACAGAUCAAGUCGUUCAACGUUGGCGCCAACCCGUACACCUGGUUCACCAUGGAGGCUUUGGAGGAGACCUGGAGGAACCUGCGCAAGAUUAUCGCGGAGCGUGACGUGGAGCUGACCAAGGAAGCGCAGAGGCAAGAGGAGAACGACAAGCUGCGCAAGGAGUUCGCGAAGCACGCCAACGCCUUCCACCAGUGGCUCACCGAGACACGGUACCGGCUGCUAGGCUGGGACGGCACGUCGAUGAUGGAGGGCACGGGCUCGCUGGAGCAGCAGCUGGCGGCGCUGCGCACGCGCGCCGGCGAGGUGCGCGCGCGCAGGCAGGACCUGCGCCGCCUCGAGGAGCUCGGCGCCGCGCUGGAGGAGCACCUCAUCCUUGACAACCGGUACACGGAGCACAGCACGGUGGGGCUCGCGCAGCAGUGGGACCAGCUGGACCAGCUGUCCAUGCGCAUGCAGCACAACCUCGAGCAGCAGAUACAGGCGCGCAAUCACUCUGGCGUGAGCGAGGACGCGCUGAAGGAGUUCUCGAUGAUGUUCAAGCACUUCGACAAGGACCGGUCGGGGCGCCUCAACCAGCACGAGUUCAAGUCGUGCCUGCGCGCGCUCGGCUACGACCUGCCCAUGGUGGAGGAGGGGCAGCCCGACCCCGAGUUCGAGGCCAUACUCAACAUAGUGGACCCGAACCGCGACGGGCAGGUGUCGCUGCAGGAGUACAUGGCGUUCAUGAUCAGCAAGGAGACGGAGAACGUGCACUCGUCCGAGGAGAUCGAGAACGCGUUCCGCGCCAUCACCGCGCACCAGGACCGCGCCUACGUCACCAAGGAGGAGCUCUAUGCGAACCUGACGAAGGAGAUGGCGGACUACUGCGUGGCGCGCAUGAAGCCGUACGUGGAGCCCAAGAGCGAGCGCGCCAUCCCCAACGCGCUCGACUACAUCGACUUCACGCGCACGCUGUUCCAGAACUAACCGCACUUUGUCAUUAAAUCCAUAUACCUA